CCGCGCGGUGCCCGCAGGACCCCGAGGGGCAGCCCAAGAAGGCGGCGAUCCGGGACAACGGGGACGGCACCUACACGGUGUCCUACGUGCCCGACCUGCCGGGGCGCUACACCAUCACCAUCAAGUACGGCGGGGACGAGAUCCCCUGCUCGCCCUUCCGCAUCCACGCCGUGCCCUCCGGCGACGCCAGCAAGUGCCUCGUCACAGUAUCCAUUGGGGGCCACGGACUGGGUGCCUGCCUGGGCCCCACCAUCCAGAUCGGGGAGGAGACGGUGAUCACGGUGGACGCCAAGGCGGCCGGGCAGGGGAAGGUGACCUGCAAGGUGUCGACGCCCGACGGGGCCGAGCUGGACGUGGACGUGGUGGAGAACCACGACGGCACCUUCGACAUCUACUACACCGCCCCCGAGCCCGGCAAAUACGUCAUCACCAUCCGCUUCGGGGGCGAGCACGUCCCCAACAGCCCCUUCCACGUCCUGGCCACGGAGGAGCCCCCCGCCACCGCCGAGAGCCUUCGUCCCUUCAACCUCGUCAUCCCCUUCACCGUGCAGAAGGGCGAGAUCACAGGUGAGGUGCGGAUGCCCUCGGGGAAGACGGCGCGUCCCAACAUCACGGACAACAAGGACGGGACGGUGACGGUGCGCUACGCCCCCACCGAGAAGGGGCUGCACGAGAUGGACAUCCGCUACGAUGGCAACCACAUCCCCGGGAGCCCCCUCCAGUUCUACGUGGAUGCCAUCAACCCGCGGCACGUCAGCGCCUACGGGCCGGGGCUGAGCCAUGGCAUGGUCAACAAGCCCUGCACCUUCACCAUUGUCACCAAGGACGCUGGGGAGGGUGGGCUCUCGCUGGCGGUGGAGGGCCCCUCCAAGGCAGAGAUCACCUGCAAGGAUAACAAGGACGGGACCUGCACCGUGUCCUACCUGCCCACGGCGCCCGGGGACUACAACAUCAUCGUCCGCUUCGACGACAAGCACAUCCCGGGCAGCCCCUUCACCGCCAAGAUCACCGGGGACGACUCGAUGCGGACGUCCCAGCUGAACGUGGGCACCUCGACGGACGUCUCGCUGAAGAUCACGGAGACGGACCUGAGCCUGCUGACCGCCAGCAUCCGGGCGCCCUCGGGCAACGAGGAGCCCUGCCUGCUCAAGAGGCUGCCCAACCGCCACAUCGGCAUCUCCUUCACGCCCAAGGAGGUGGGCGAGCACGUGGUGAGCGUGAAGAAGAGCGGGCAGCACGUCACCAACAGCCCCUUCAAGAUCCUGGUGGGGCAGUCGGAGAUCGGGGACGCCAGCCGGGUGAAGGUGUGGGGCAAGGGGCUGGUGGAGGGACACACCUUCGAGGUGGCCGAGUUCAUCGUGGACACGCGUAGCGCUGGCUACGGCGGGCUGGGCCUGUCCAUCGAGGGCCCCAGCAAGGUGGACAUCAACUGCGAGGACGUGGAGGACGGCACCUGCAAGGUCACCUACUGCCCCACCGAGCCCGGCAACUACAUCAUCAACAUCAAGUUCGCCGACAAGCACGUCCCAGGGAGCCCCUUCACGGUGAAGGUGACGGGCGAGGGGCGCAUGAAGGAGAGCAUCACGCGCCGGCGCCAGGCCCCCUCCAUCGCCACCAUCGGCAGCACCUGUGACCUCAACCUCAAGAUCCCAGGGAACUGGUUCCAGAUGGUGUCGGCGCAGGAGCGCCUGACGCGCACCUUCACGCGGAGCAGCCACACCUACACGCGCACCGAGCGCACCGAGAUCAGCAAGACGCGCGGCGGCGAGACCAAGCGGGAGGUGCGGGUGGAGGAGUCCACGCAGGUCGGCGGCGACCCCUUCCCCAACGUCUUCGGGGACUUCCUGGGCCGCGAGGGCCUGGGCGCCUUUGGCAGCAUCGCCCGCGGCCAGGAGGGUGCGUGCGGGGCGUGCGUGUGCCGGGGCGUUGCGUGUGCCUGCCCCAGGGCUUGGUGCACGGGAUGGGGGCUGCUUGUGCGAGGGAUGGGGGCACGGGGACCUGGGGGCGCGUGCGAGGGCUGGGUGCGCUUGUAG